GAUAUAUCCUACAAGUUCUUCUUGACUCAUAUUCCUGGUUUUUUAAUGUGUUUUUGGUUAAUCAGCACCAGAACCACGAUGAAAGUUUAACUGAACAGGAGUUUUUCAACAGCAACAGAGAUUGGAACUCUGCCAAGAUGUAUUUCAAAUGGGGAAGAUUCAGAGUUCGCAUUUUCCCACUACUGAGUAUCACAGCAAUUGUUUUGGUCUCCAAUCUUUUGUGGAGUUUUUCUGGAUAUACCUUCUGUCAUCGCGAGCCGAGUCUUUGUGGCUGUCAGAAAUGUCUAAGAGACAGUGAUCCUUGGUUUAAUGACAUCAUCAGUGAAGCUCCUGAACCCUUUCUGUCACAGAAACAUAUACCUUCAGAGGAAGAUUUCCUCUGGUGGAAGAACUUACAGGGGGCAAGACUUCAAAACUUGACUUUGUACAAUAAAACUCUAGAGAGGCUAUUUCAGACAAUAACACCAAUGGCAGAUGUUGGAGAACCUCGCCCUGAUCACUGCAGGAGUUGUGCUGUGGUGGGGAAUUCUGGAAAUUUGAGAGGAUCGCAUUAUGGACCUCUGAUUGAUUUCCAUGAUAUCGUAAUAAGAAUCAAUCGGGGGCGUACCAAAGGCUAUGAAACAGAUGUUGGAACCAAAACAACUCAUCAUGUCAUGUAUCCAGAGAGUUCUGCUAGACUGGACAAUACCACUCAUCUCUUGUUUUUUCCUUUCAAAACACAUGACUUUUUGUGGCUCAUGAAGGACUUAAAUCGAGGGGAAAAUGGUGCUCCAAACUUACAGAAGAUAGCUAACAAAGAUUUGAUCUUGAUCCUCCAUCCGGCUUUCAUGAAAUAUGUUCAUCAAGUAUGGCUGGGAAAGAAGGGUGCUUAUCCAUCCACUGGCUUUCUUGCUGUGGUUCUCAGCCUAGUGAUGUGUGAUGAGGUCAAUAUCUUUGGGUUCGGAGCAGACAGCGAGGGAAACUGGAGCCAUUACUUUGAAAUCCUCAGAAACAAAAAAUUAAAAACAGGAGCCCAUCCAGGAGAAGAAGAAUAUAAAAUGAUAGAGAAAUUACACAAAAAGAAGACAAUUGUUUUUUUUAAAGGAUGGUAAUUUCUUUUUCAUGUUUUCAUUUCCCUUUUUAUCAGUUGCAAAUCAUCUAACCAUAAACCUGUGUUAUAAAAAUAAAUAAGUGAUGGUAAUUGCUGCCCCCCCCCCCUUCAAAAUAAAUACCACUAUAUACUAACUUUAUCUAUAUCUGACUUUAUCACUAGUAAUCUUAUCUACAUUUUGCCUUCAAAAUAAUAGAAAAUGCAAUGCAAAAUCCAAAGUGCAGUCACAUUAAACCCUGUAACUUGUUCAUGAAAAAAAUAGAAACGUAUAGAUGUUUGUUGCUAAAGGGUUAUUGAAUACAUUUGAUAGUCAUACUGGAUACCUUUCAAGUAUACCUUUCAAGACAAGUGAAACCUUUCCAUAAUAAAGAUUGAACAAGUCUUUAAAUAAACAGA